AUGAAGGGAGGAAUUGUUGCUCUGGGGCUCUUGCUCAUCUGUCUGGCCACAGGUAACAAACAUUAAAAAUUAUUUGAGCAACAAAGUUUUAUUUGAAAGUUGUUGUUUAAAUUAUACAUGAUCAUACAGAUAAAUUAUACACAACUGGAGUUUGAAUAGCUUUCAUAUUUUAUAACAUUUUGUCAUAUUAGACUUAUUUUUAAAAGUGCUUAAAAAAAUCUUUAAAAACAAAAAAAAGCAGCUUUGAAAUGUAUAUAUUGUCAGCAUAACAACAACGUUUCAUGGCUGUAUCAUGUGAUCAGCUCAUGUCAUUAAAUGAUGUUGCAGAUAAGAAGCAAAUUGUUUAUGGGCUACAUUUAAGUUUUCAAUUUCUUUACAGAUGCCAGCGGGAAGCCGCUCCCAAGAAGGGUGGGAUACUAAGAAAAAAAUAUAUAUAUUGAAAAAAUAUUUGAUACACAUUUGUGUAAAUCUUUAGGUCAUAUUUGUGUUAUUUUGUGUCCACACAGCCCUCCUGUCCUAACACUCAGGAGGCCUUAAUGUGUACCAUGAACUAUAACCCUGUGUGUGGCAGCAAUGGGAACACAUAUGGCAACGAGUGCAGCCUGUGUUCCUUCAUGCAGUAAGUUCUAACAAUUCCUCCAUCCAGCAGCACUCCCUUAAUUACAUCAAAAUCACGCAGUUUAACAUUGAGGUAGAAUCUGCCACUGCCGCCCUCUAGUGGUGGAUGCAUUCAUAAAGUACAGUCUCAAUGUUGAACUUUACCCAGCACCAAAUGACUAGCAGUUGUUUGGAGUGUUCUCUGUUUUUGUCACUUGGUCUUUUUGGUGAAUAAUGAGAUGGUCAUUGUCAUUAGUUACAUGGAAGUGACUGCCAUAGCUCUGAAAACACAUCAUAUCACACUUAUACUUUCACAAUCAAAGUGUUUGCAGGAGAUGGGAUCUCCCACAUCAAAUAAAAUAAACAAAAAGAUAAAAAGAGUAAUUCAUAUCCAUCUAUGUGAUCUUUUUCUACCUUCAGACGCACUGGGGAGGACAUUUUGAUCACCAAAGAGACUUCAUGCGAACCUCGAUAG